AACACGCGGGCACGACGAGCGCAAGGUCAAGGAUUCAACCCCAAGCCUCCAACUCCAAAAAUAGUUGCUGCCUCCAUUUCCGCCACCGGGACUAGACAUCGAACACUUGAGCUGCGUUACCAACCUUCACAAGCUGACAUGGGACGCGGCAGGGCUCGUACUCAGAGAAAGCACUUCAAAGAUAAGAGAGAAAACGUCUGGAAGCGCCCCAAGUCCGACCCUUCCUCCGAUGUCAACAACGACAACGACAACGGAAACGGCGGCAGCAAUGGUAAUAAUGGUGGUACACAUUGGGAGCCCUUUGCAACUCAAAACCCUGGUUUUGAUUUGUAUUACAAGGCGCAAGGGAUAGUGUCCCCAGAUGAUUGGGACUCAUUCAUGGGAGUUCUUAGAACGCCAUUGCCAGCUGCUUUUCGAAUCAACUCCAGUAGCCAGUUUUAUAAAGAAAUCCGAUAUCAGUUAGAAAAUGACUUUAUGAAAUCUCUUCAGUCUGAGAUCAGUGAGGGUGAAAAGGAGGCUAUUAAACCAUUGCCUUGGUACCCUGAUAAUCUUGCUUGGCAUUUAAAUUUUUCCCGGAUGCAGCUAAGGAAAAACCAGAAUCUAGAGAGGUUUCAUGAGUUCUUAAAGCUGGCAAAUGAAAUCGGAAACAUAACAAGACAGGAGGCUGUUAGCAUGGUGCCUCCCCUCUUACUUGAUGUAUCUGCAGAUCAUUCUGUACUUGACAUGUGUGCUGCUCCUGGUUCGAAAACGUUUCAACUCCUUGAGAUUGUAUACCGUUCAAGCAAAUCAGGAUCACUACCUAGUGGACUGGUUGUAGCAAAUGAUCUUGAUGUUGCAAGAUGCCAUCUACUUAUUCACCAAACCAAAAGAAUGUGCACCGCCAACCUCAUUGUCACAAAUCAUGAAGCUCAACACUUUCCCGGCUGCCGAUUAAACAGAAGUCAUUUUAAUGCUUCUGAAAAAGUAAUGGAAGACUCAACUAUUAGCCAACUUAUGUUUGAUCGUGUAUUAUGUGAUGUUCCUUGUAGUGGAGAUGGUACCCUUCGCAAGGCACCUGAUAUGUGGAGAAAAUGGCAUACAGGACUGGGCAAUGGGCUUCAUAGUCUACAAAUUCAGAUAGCCAUGCGAGGUUUAACUUUGCUUAAAGUUGGUGGGAGAAUGGUUUACUCAACCUGUUCAAUGAAUCCAGUUGAGAAUGAGGCUGUGGUUUCUGAGAUUUUGCGCAAAUGUGAAGAGUCUGUGGAACUAUUGGAUGUCUCUAACGAACUUCCUCAACUUGUUCGGCGGCCAGGUCUCAAAAAAUGGAAGGUACGUGAUAAGGGUGUCUUGUUGGCUUCGUACAAAGAUGUUUCCAAAUACCGUACAGAUGCGAUUGUUCCCAGCAUGUUUCCUUCUGGUAGUAGCUACAGGGAUGCAAUUGAAAAUGACAAUCCUGGUAUGGAGCCAGACAAAGAGGAUGAGAAUGGUGGAAAUGGUAAUUGUGAAGAUUCCUUACGUUCAACAGAGGACUCAAGUACAGCUGAUGACCUAGAUGAGGAAGUUUCUAAUUUUCCACUAGAACGUUGCAUCAGAAUAUUGCCUCACGAUCAAAAUACUGGAGCCUUCUUUAUUGCUGUCUUUCACAAGCAUUCCUCACUGCCAGUUGCUGUUCAGGAGAAGCCGAACUCUCAGAAAGAGAAGUGCUCUGGAAACAAUGGGCCACUUGAAGAUCAACAAAAGCAGGUCGCUGAAGAUUCAAAUGGGUUGGAGCCUGACUACAAUGAUGUUACCAAUGGCCAAUUUCCAGAAGCAGCUCGAGAGGUCAAUUUGAUUGAUAUUAAGGAUGAUGCUGUUUUGGCACCAGAUCUCCUUGUUGCAUCUGAAGAACAAAAUUUAGUAGUCCAAGAUCCUGGGGAUUUGAUAGAUAAUGAACCAGAUCUCUCUGUUACAUCUGAAGUACAAGAUUUAGAUGUAGCCCAAGAACCUAGUGACAGUAAAUCUGAUCUCAAUAAAGUUGGAGGGAAAAGAAAGUUACAGAGACAAGGCAAGUGGAAAGGGGUUGACCCUGUUCUUUUCUUUAAAGAUGAGGUUACUAUCAGUAACAUAAAGGCAUUCUAUGGCAUUGAUGAAUCUUUUCCAUUGACUGGCCAUCUUGUGGUGAGAAAUCUUGAUAAUAAUCACGUGAAGAGAAUAUACUAUAUCUCAAAGUCAGUUAAAGAUGUUCUUCAACUGAACUUAUCUGUUGGACAGCAACUUAAGAUUGCAUCUAUUGGCCUGAAGAUGUUUGAACGACAAACAUCAAGAGAAGGUAGCUCUGCACCCUGUAUAUUCCGGAUAUCCUCUGAAGGAUUACCGGUUAUUCUCCCAUUUGUUACAAAACAAAUCCUAUAUGCAUCCCCUGUAGACUUCAAGCAUCUUUUGCAGUAUAAAUCCAUCAAAUUUGCAGAUUUUGUUGAUGCCGAGUUUGGCAAGAAAGUUUCAGACUUGUUGCUAGGAAGCUGUGUAAUAGUUUUGGGGAAAGAUGGUCAGGCAACAUCGAGCCCUAUCGAAGUAGAUGAAUCAACAAUUGCCAUAAGCUGCUGGAAGGGCAAGGCCAGCUUGACUGUGAUGGUCAAUGCUGUUGAUUGCCAAGAAAUGCUAGAAAGAAUUUCAGCAUUGACUGAAAUCGAAAAGGAAUCAGCAGUGAAGGAAGACGGAAGCCCUUCGGAAUUGGUGGUGGAUGAAGAGGACAAAAAUGAUGUUAAAAAGAAAGAAGACAAAGAAAGUAUCCAAAUGGCGAUUGAUGGUUAAAUAAACUUAAAAUUUUGACAUUCGUAGUGCAUUUUAUGUUGUACUCUAUUAUUUUUUUUUGGUAAUUGAUACAUUGCACGACAUGCAUAGACGUUGUUUUUUCCAUUUGAUUUGCAGAUAUGCACAUUGGAUCAAUUCUAUA